UUAUUUUUUCAUUUUUAGAAAUGUCUUCAUCAUCACCACCACCUCCUAGUAAUUCCACUACAACUCCUCCAACUUCAUCCAAUCGUUCCCCUCCGCCGCCGCAAUUGUCAUCGCCGCCGCCACCGGCAAAUUCAACAUCUCCGGCAACCCCACCUCCUCAAUCCUCUCCACCGCCGGCCACCGCUUCCCCACCACCGGCCACUGCUUCCCCACCGCCAUCUCCUGUUUUAUCUCCUCCCCCAAUCCCAUCACCGCCGCCACCGUCAUCUUCCCCGCCACCUUCACCUCCAGCCAAUAACUCCCCUCCACCACCCACUACCGUACCCUCUCCCCCGCCUCCCAAAAAAUCACCACCACCGGCGCCGCCGACUGCACCGCCGACUGCGCCACCGUCACCACCGCCGGCGACACUAUCACCGCCGCCGGCACCGCCUGCAACUCCUCCAGAAAAUUCAACUCCGCCACCUCCUUCAGCUACUCCUCCAAUUCCAUCGCCACCCUCAAUUCUUCCUCCUCCUCCUCCUUCUCCUUCCCCUCCGCCGGUCAUCAUUUCUCCCACCGUUCCUCCGGCGACUAAUUCAUCAACUAAUAGAACAAGUUCGUCACCCAAUACUCCAAUUAUCAGACCAACUACAAGAACAAAUACAACUAAUUCUCCACCUACUGCAAUCGCUAGAGACAGCGGACAUAACGGAAAUGCGGUGGCCAUCGGCAGCAUUGCUGGAUUUCUUGCUCUUAGUCUUAUCGUAAUAGCUGUAUGGUUCUCAAAGAAAAGGAAGAAGAGUAAUCAUGAUAGAUAUAUGAUGCCAUCUCCAUUUAAUUCUUCACAACAUUCAGAUUCAAUGUUCUUAAGGAAUCAGUAUAACUCUGCACCAAAUUCUGCUCCACAUUCAUCUCAACUUUCUGGAACUGUUUCCGCAAACAAUUAUAUGUACUCACCAGACCCAUCUUCAAAAACAUGGUUCACUUACGAAGAACUUACAGAGGCCACAGAAGGAUAUAAAACAGAGAACAUUCUAGGAGAAGGUGGAUUCGGUUGCGUUUACAAAGGAGUUCUUCCAGACGGGAGAGAAAUUGCAGUCAAACAGCUAAAGAAAGAUGGUGGACAAGGUGAAAGAGAAUUCAGAGCAGAGGUUGACAUUAUCAGCCGUGUUCAUCAUCGUCAUUUGGUUUCUUUGGUUGGUUAUUGCAUAUCUGAACAACACAGGCUUCUUGUUUAUGAAUAUGUUGCAAAUGAUACCCUUUAUUUUCAUUUACAUGGUAAAGGUAGGCCAUCCAUGGAAUGGGGUACACGAGUGAAAGUGGCAACUGGUUCGGCAAAGGGUUUAGCUUAUCUUCAUGAAGAUUGUCAUCCAAGAAUCAUUCAUAGAGAUAUAAAGACUUCAAACAUUCUCUUAGACAGUGAUUUUGAAGCCAAGGUUGCAGAUUUUGGGCUCGCCAAGCUUGCAAACGAUACCCAUACCCAUAUCAGCACUCGUGUCAUGGGAACAUUCGGAUAUUUAGCACCGGAGUAUGCUUCAACCGGAAAAUUGACAGAAAAAUCCGAUCUUUUCUCCUUCGGGGUUGUCCUUUUGGAGCUCAUAACCGGGCGCAAGCCAGUCGAUGGAUCACAACCACUUGGGGACGAGAGUCUUGUAGAGUGGGCUAGGCCAUUGCUUGCCGAAGCAAUUGAGACAGAAAAAUUCGAUGAACUAGUGGAUCCAAAGCUCGAGAAGAACUACGUCGCGAGCGAAAUGUUCCGUAUGAUUGAAGCAGCCGCAGCUUGUAUACGUCAUUCCGCACCAAGGAGACCAAAAAUGAGCCAGAUCGUGAGGGCCCUUGAUGGUAUGGGAGAUGCAGCGGAAGAUUUAAACAAUGGAAUAAAACUCGGACAAAGUGGAGUAUUUGAUUCGAGAGAACAAUCGGCACAAAUAAGAAUGUUCCAAAGGAUGGCAUUUGGUAGCCAGGACUAUAGUUCGGAUUAUCGAAGCCGUUCCCAUAGCGGUUGGAGGAACUAGGAAAAACCAAAAAAUUCAGAGUUUGUAGAUGUUUAUUUAUUUUUUUGGCAAAAGGGAAUAUUGAUUGAUGUUUUAUUUAGUUUUUGGGUGCUUAUUCUGAUUUUUUGUAAUGGUAUUUAAAAAAUAUUGUAUUUAA